AUGCUACAUGGCUGGAAACUUCAAAAGGUAGGUGCAGACGGCUGGGAGAGUCCGUUCAAAAAAAAUCUCGAUCCCUCGUUGUGUGGACAACAUCUAAAUGGUUGGGACUGGAUUCCACGGAAGCACGUUAACAUCUCUGUAAUCAAAGAGGAACUGAGGGGAUUCGAGCGGUACUCGGGUAAGACCUAUCCUUCUGCGGCAAGCCAGCUUACGUACCUCUCAUUGCCGGAUGUUGGUGAUUGCUAUCCCAAGUGUGGUGAUAGCGUCUAA